AUGGGUGAUAACAAAGGCAAAAAUCCAGACAGAGAACUCCUUAAGUACAACAACAAUUUCACAUCUGAUGGAGAUCACGAUGUAAUCAAAGAACAAGAUCGUUUGCUUCCAAUAGCUAAUGUUGGUCGCAUCAUGAAACAAAUCUUGCCUCCAAAUGCAAAAAUCUCCAAAGAAGCUAAAGAAACCAUGCAAGAGUGUGUCUCAGAGUUUGUUAGUUUUGUAACUGGUGAAGCUUCUGACAAGUGUCACAAAGAGAAACGAAAGACGGUGAACGGUGACGAUGUUUGUUGGGCCAUGGCUACGCUAGGGUUUGAUGAUUAUGCUGAGCCACUCAAAAGGUAUUUGUAUAAGUAUAGGGAGUUGGAUGUGGAAAGAGGUAAUAACCAAAAUAAAGGUAAUGAAAUUGAAACAUAUAAUAAUUAUGAUGGUAAGGAACAACAAAGUCCAAGGAAAGGUUCCUCUUCUAUGUUCAAUAAUAGGAACAGUGGUCCUCAGACUAAGGGAUUUUGAUUCUGUUUGUUUUUCCUAGUUUUCUCCUAACUUUUAAGAUCUAUAUAUAUGUCCUAAUUAUAUUUUUUGUUUUUUUGUUUUUUUGGGUUUCACUUAUCUAUAAAUAUGUGUUUUAAUUUUGGUGAGUUAUUUAAAGGUGAUUUUUGUGUUCAAUAAAAGGAUUCCUAGUUACUGGGAGUUCCU